AUGGAACACACAUUCCUUGACCUUGAAGCUAUAGUCAAUGAUGAAGACCAGGAAGACAAUGAAAGUGACGAGGACAUAGAAGACUUUAUCGAUGAUUCCGAUUUUCCCGACGAAACGCUGACCACCGCUAAACCUGCACACAAAGGAGAUCCAAGGCGCAAAAAACCAAUGAGUGCCGAUCGAACAUGGACUAUCGGUUGGGGAGCAACCCCAGUAAUAUUCGUUGAUUUGAAAAGCAGGAUUAUCUGUUAUGGAGGGUAUGAUGUGAGAGUACGGAAGAUGGGUUAUGCUCCGCCAUGGUAUUUCAGAGUCGAGUCAAUAGAUAUUGCGGAAUGGGGAACUAUCCUCCACAAAGAUGACAAGCAGCAUCUUCAAGCUGGCUCAUGGGUCUGCAUUAAAUCUCCAUCCCACCUAUUUGAUCCUUUACGGUUUCGAGAUGGUGCAAAUGCAACUAAGCAUGAAAGGACGUUCAAUGACACUGUCACAAUUUUUUGUGGACAUAAAUUUAUAGGAGGACUCAUGCUCAAGAAGAUAUCUUCUUACGGAGUCGAGGAGGCCAAGCGAAUCGAACCGCAUGUCGCAGGCAUAUAUUUGACCAGCAAUUUACCGGUCUUGCAUGAGUGGUCACAAAAAAUGCCUCCACCACAUGGGUGGUUGUUCAACGUCGAUGAACGGGUAUCAAUCAAGUCGCUGGGCUCAAAUGGCAUUGUAACUGGAUCCACACGAGAUUGUGUACAAGUAUGGCACGAAGAGACAUCGACAACAGUCGAGACAACAUACUGGGAUCUGCGCAAGGACUUUCAACCAGGAGAUUUCAUGGUGGCAACUACAGAUGUGCUUGAAGGACACCAGGGAUGGGUAAUUGAAUUGCAGGAAUCAGAUCUUGAUAUCGAAGUGGUGGUUUUGGAAAGAAACACUGAUGGGAAACAAACAUCCGUCGAGUUCUUCACUACUCAUGCAAAUUCCUUGCGACAAGGGUGUAGAAAAGCACAUGGAACCAUAGAAGAUGUCGUCUUGGAUCUGAAAAUCCCCAGCGGUGUCAAAGUUCUGGUCCGAUACGACGCAACAUAUGAUCCAAACAGACCAUUCUCAAUGGAGACCGUGGCUUAUGAGCAAGUCACGGAACGCAGAUCAAGGUGGCCUUUAUAUUCAUACUGUCCACUCUGGCCAAAUGAAAUGUUAUAUCACCCACAAGCUGAAUUCCUCAAGCAAGAGCGAUAUAUGUUCGAAGGUUAUAUGCUACCGAGCACAAUAAUCAACCCUCCCCAAAGGGAAAGAAGCGCAUCUCCAAUCCACAGAUGCACACCACCGCUUGAGGGUGAACACCCACCACCAUCGAUGAUUAUUACUAUGGAAGAUGUGGCAUGGAAUCCGAGAGCAAGUGACGAGGAAGGACUACCGAAGGACCAUUGGAUAUACCAAGAAGCCUUCAGGAACCAGCAACUCGUGGUCAAAGCAGAUGGGGUAGAAAAAACCAUAUGGGCGGAAAAUGAUGGUGACCAGGUUAUCCUGCUAUAUAAGAUCGGACGUGCGACAAAGACGCUAAAGCCAAGAACUUUAGUUCCUUCACACCCAACACCUCGGGAUACCAACGUCUUCGUGAUUUCUGACAGGAGAAGAGCUGGACGUAGAAUCGAAGAACAUGAUGAAGAUGGCAGAAGCAAAGGAGGCGACAAAAUUGAAUACAAAACUGAAGAAUUCCAUAAUUGUAACGGUACAAAAGAAUAG